AUGAACUUCUACUUCGAAGCUGCUAAGACACUGGAUCGCAUCGAUGCCAAAGAGGGCUCUAUCAAGGGUAUUAUUGCAACUUUGCCUGAGAAAGAUAGGAAGAGGACUGCCGCUCUCGUGAUCGAGACGCUGAAAUUCAAGGCUGUUCUCCUUGAAGUCAUCGAAAAGGCAAAGCUCAUGAAAGAAGAGCGGAAAUUGACCUCCAAAAAUCUCGCUCUUAUUCUUGUACAUGAUUUGCUUCUGGCCCGUGGCAUACAAGCUGGUGACGGGCCCCUAAAGCAAGCUGUAUUGCGACAUAAGACGCGGCUGCAUGGAGAGUUUCAGAAGAUCAAGAUCAAACGAGGCGCGACCUCGAAUGAACAGCUCGCCCAUAACGGAGAUGAAAGAGCAGGGCUGGGCACUUUGGAAGAAGCUAUUCAAUCCCUAAAAUCUCGAGGCUUCGAACUUUCCGAUCCUUUUUCAUCCAAGAAAGGUUUCUCGAAAGAUGCCCAUGUACCAAAUUUACUCUUAUUUCAUCCCAGCACUACAUUUCAAACCGAUCCUCUGUAUACAAGCGGAAAAAUCAUCCUUCAGGAUAAAGCAUCGUGUUUUCCAGCACUUGUUCUAUCGCCGCCGGCAACCGAAGAAAGUGUUGUGAUCGACGCCACUGCAGCGCCGGGCAAUAAAACAUCACACUUGAGUGCCCUUAUGAAAAACAGAGGGAAGUUGUUCGCUUUUGAAAGGGAUCGAAAACGUUUCACAACCCUCAAAAUGAUGCUUUCUAAAGCUGGGUGUUCGAAUGCUUUGCCGAUCAACGCAGACUUCUUAACGACCGACCCUCAAGACCCUCAAUUCUCCAAUGUCACUCACAUUGGCUCUGGAAUAGUCAAUCGGUUGGACCACCUGAUAGAAACAGAAAUUGAGAACGACGCGGACAAAGAAGAACGUCUAGAUAAAUUAGCUGCUUUCCAGCUGAUGAUGAUUAAGCACGCCAUGAGGUUUCCAAAUGUCAAAAAAAUCGUGUACUCGACAUGUAGCAUCCACGCCACUGAGAAUGAACGUGUCGUUUGCAAUGCCCUCGAGUCUGAAGAGGCCGUCGCUGGAUCAUUCCAAUUAGCUCCUCAAACUGAGGUGUUGCCCACAUGGCCCAGAAGAGGGUACCCUGAAGAAAUGACUUCUUCUCCAGACCAAGCAAGUUCUCUCGUACGGUGUUUACCAGGGGAGGACGCCACCAAUGGUUUUUUCGUAUCUUGUUUUAUUAAGGUUCAGGACACAACGAGCAAAAGGAAGCUUGAUGCAGAUGAUGACGUCGAGGAAGUCUUAACACAAAAGGCGCAUAAGAAGAAAAAGAAACGCCGUAAAACGGCGAACAAGUCGGAAUAG